GAUUAAAAUGAAAUUGUAUAAAAAUUUAGUUUUGACAAUAAUUUUGUCAUUUGCAAGUUUAAAUAUAGUCAAUGGUUUAAAUAAGGGUCUAUUUCAAGAUUUACCAAUACGUUGUUUAACAUGUUCUGAUGAAGAUUCUUGUAAAGAAACUGAACCAAAAUAUCAUACAUGUGAAUUAAAUACGGAUACAUGUUUAACUAUAUUUAAUGAAAAUGAUAUUGUUAUAAAACGUGGCUGUUAUUCAGCUAAUAAAAUUAGUUGCGAUGAUAAAAAAAAUUCAUGUUACGAAUGUAAAUCAAAUGACUGUAAUAUAGCAAAAUCAAAAACUGAAUUCAUUAAAUGUUAUGAUUGUUCAACAUUUGAUAAUCCAGAAUGUGUUAAUGUUGUUGAAAAAUCAAAUGUUCCAAUAAUAGAAUGUCGUGAAUCAUGUAUGUCUACACUUAUAUAUGUUGAUGAUAGAAAUUUAACAUAUGAAGCGGUUAGAACAUGUUUAGAUGACAAAGAAAAAGAAGAUCAAAAAACUUGUGAUGAUGAAAAAUUUUGUAAAUCAUGUAAAGAAGACAAAUGCAAUGGUGGAUUAUAUCCUGCAGAUCGUUUAGAAUGUAUUCAUUGUUCGAAAGAGGAAUGCCAGAGACCGACAAAAUCAAGAACAUGUGCUAAUAUACAAGAAAAUGAUAAAUGUAUUAUUCAAUUUGAUGAUAAAGGUGUUGCGAUUGAAUAUGGUUGUUUAAGCGAUUUACCAAAAGAAGUUAUAAAUGAUAUGUUAAUUAAUAAUACAUUAUAUAUGUGUGAUGAUAAAAACUGUAAUGUAUAUGAAAAUAUACCAAAAGAAACAAUUUGUACUGCGUGUACAUCAGGUAAAACAAGGGAAUGUAUAACAGAUAUUAAUAAUGAUAUUAUUCAAACUAACACAUGUAAUAAACCACCAAAUACAAAUUGUUAUACAAAAUUUAAUAGUUCAACUGGAUUAAUUGAGAGAGGAUGUUGGUCAGAUCUUGUAAAUCGUGAAGAAAAAGCGGCCUGUCUUGAUAAAAACAAUGAAAAUUGUAAAUUAUGUAGUGGGGACAGCUGCAAUAAAGAUAUAAUGCCGAAAGAUCGUCACUCAUGUAUGGUGUGUGAUUCAACAAAUGAUGAAAAUUGUCAUGAUAAACCAGAAAAAGAUGAAUUAUGUUUUAAUUAUAUUAAAGAUGAUAUCUGUGUUUCAAAAUAUAUAGAUGGAAAAACAAAACGUGGCUGUUCAGCGGAUAUUGAAAGUUGUAAAGAUCUUGAUAACAAAUCUUGUAAAUUAUGUUUAGGUAAAAAUUGUAAUAAACAAAAUUUGAAAUCAAUUUUAAGAGAUGACAAAAAUAUUGGAAUUUGGCAAGAUUUACCAUUAAAAUGUAAAUUAUGUAAAAGUGAAACAGAAUGUGCAUCAUCGGAAAAAAUUACAACAGAAGUAUGUAAAAAUAAUAAUGAUGAAUGUGUAACAAUAUUUAAUAAAAAUGAUAAAGUAGAAUAUCGAGGCUGUUCAUCAAUAUUAAGUGAAACAAAUGAUAGAGCAAAGAAAAUUUAUUGUGACACAACACCAGAAUUAUGUCCACUAUGUAAAUCAAAUGAAUGUAAUAUAGCAAAUAGUAAAAAAGAAUAUGUAAAAUGUCAUUAUUGUGGUUGGCCAGAUUCUACGUCAUGUAAUGCUGAUAUUAAAGAACAAAAUAAAUUCCCAACAAGAGAAUGUCAUAAAUCAUGUAUGACAGCUGCAUAUAAAAAAUUUGAAGAUCCUGCUGAUAUUGUUUAUAAUGUUGUCAGAACAUGUUUAGAUGAUAAAGAACCGCAACAACAAAAUGAUUGUAAAUCAAAUAAUGAUGAAUAUUGUAAAUCAUGUGAUGGUGAUAAUUGUAAUUCAAAAAUCUUAUUUGAAAAUUGGGCUAAUUGUUUUACAUGUGAAAAUUCUGAACAAUGUAAAGGACCAUUAUCAAAACAAUGUGAAUCAUAUCAAAAAAUUGAACGUUGCUAUUAUUUAUUUAAUAAUGAUAAAGAAGCAAUAAAGGGUGGUUGCUUGAGUGAUAUAUCAAAAGAUAUUAUAAGAGGUUGGAUAUCUGAUAACAAAAUAUCAUUCUGUGACGGAUCAGAUUGCAAUAAAAAUUUACCUACAGAUCAAAAAUGUGUAAAAUGUAAUUCAAAAGAGGAUGAAAAAUGUGCAACUGAACCUGGAAGUUAUAAGGAAAAAUUAGAAACCUGUUCAAUACCCAACUCUAAUUGUUAUAUGAAACUUGAAGAUGGAGCUAAUAUUCGUGGUUGCAUGAGUUCUUUAAAAUUAGAAAUACUUGAAUGCGUAUACGAUGUAAAUUGCCAUUAUUGUAAUGGAGAGGAAUGUAAUAAUAUGGUAUUUCCACCAAAUCGGCGUAAAUGCUAUGUAUGCAAUAGCGCUGACAAUAAAGAUUGUCAUGAAAAACCUUCAACUACAAAAAUCUGUCCAGUCUAUUCCGAAGAUCAAAAAUGUGUUAGCAAAUAUACAGAAGAUGGAAACACAGAACGUGGUUGUAGUAAUCAAUUAACAUGUAAUGAGAAGGAUGAGAAAAAAUGCCAAAUAUGUGAUAAGGAAAAUUGUAAUACCGUCGAUUUGAAAUCAUUGAAUAGCUCUGCAAUGAUAGUUGCCAAUACAAUUUUAAUUGUUUUCUUAGCCUUAUUAAGAAAUUAUUUAUCAUAAAUUGACAAAUUUUCAUAAAACGUUUUAAAAUAGUUAAUUAAGACAGAACUGUUUAAAUUAAUUUAAUAAUUAAGUGUAUUUUAUUUUUAUUUACAUAAAUACAUAGAUUUCAUAUUAAAAUAUAAA